AUGACCAAAAUGCCCCCACAAGUCCCCAUAGAGGGGCAAGUCCGUGAAGUGUGAGUUCAGAUUAUCAAUCCCAUUACAAAUGACUGCAGAAUUCAGUACUAACCAAAGCUUCAAUACAGCGAUACCAACCCAGAUAGAAAAGAAGCAGAGUAAGCCUAGCUGUCUAACAAAGUAAUGUUUUGUGAAAUACUAAAUGUUAUGUUCCACAAAAAGAUCCUACGUAGAGGCCCUCCAGGCCGAAAUGUACGUUCUCUCCCUACCAUUUUCUGUCGUCUCAAUCACUAAAAUUAGUCUGUCUUUCAGUCUCAAAAGAAAAGAAGUGUUCGUAUUGUUGCUUUUGUUUGGAGACACAGAUUGCGUUAACACCUAUUUGUUUAGUGAGGAGAAAUUAGGGGAGGUGUAAGUGCACCUUUCCUGCGUAUUCUUCAAUCAUUUAAAUCACUAAUCGUUUCAAUAGGAAUCGAACAAUUCUAGAUCUGUUUGUUACCCUUCUUUACUGUUUCCAUAUGUUUUCAACUAACCAGAUUUCCUUCAUUGAAGCUAUUCCCGUCUUCAAGAUGAGUUCGUCAUUCGCUAAACUAUUUUGUCUUUUUCAGUACUGAUUUUUCUUAAUAGGAGCCGAAUCCAGGACAAACUGUCAGUAUCGUCUCCAUUCUCUCGCUUUUAUCGUGCUAAUAUUUUUUAAAUACAGCAAAGAAGAAGUCAAUCACUUGUUAGUCUUAUCCCCCGUACUUGUUUCAUCUGUACCUUGCUUACAUUGUAUUGUCAUAGGAAAAGUGACAAUCAUACCUUGUUCGUAGUUCUCACAUUAUGGUUUCAUUAGAAAAUUACUAAAGUUCUAGCGAAGGCGACAGGGAAUCGAAACGCUGUAGGUAGUUUUGUUCCAUUUUUGAUAACUCUUAAAACUGAUACCUAUCUAUAGCCAGACACAAGUCCAACAACUGUUCGUAUUUAAUGAUCAUUCAAUUACUUUCAUUACUGCCAACAACUCGUUAUAGCCAAAAUUCUGCAGAUGACUCGUUAGUUAACCAAAAUUCCUUCUUUACUACUAUACUGAUUGUUUUCCUUCUUAGCCACGCAACGCAGAAAGUCCUGUACGUAUAAAAUUCAAAGACCUAUUCUAAAAGCUUCUAAUGAAUAACUUAGGGAACAAGAGAUUGGACAAAUGUUAGUCAAUAUGCCUCCCACAGGUCAUGUUUAUUUCCUACAACUGACGUUUGUCUUUGUUUCCCUAGACGUGCUUCAGCGAAUCAGCAGUUAG